AUGGCGGACGACGAUAUUACGCUUGAUGGGAAACCUCUACAAUCGCUUCGUGUAGCGGAUUUAAAAGCUGCACUAGAGCAAAGAAAUCUCCCCAAAACUGGACAGAAAAAUGCACUUAUGAAGCGACUAAAAGGAGCUCUUAUGUUGGAAAACCUUCAGAAGUCUUCUUCUCAUGGAGGGAUACAACCCAAUUCUCAGAUCGGAGAGGAGAUGAGCCAGAACAGCUUUAUAAAACAGUAUCUGGCCAAACAACAGGAGCUUCUCCGACAGAAACAGAAACGAGAGGCUCAGCUGGAUGAGGAAGACGAAGAGGAGGGUGAUGAAUGUCAUACUGGAGAAGAUAAAGAAAACCCUGCCUAUGACUCAAAGAUAAGUACAGAAGAUGAUCAAGUGGGGGAAUCGUUUGGUCAGGGACUGAUUGCUUUUGGUUCCGCUCUGGGAUCUGAAGAAGGCAUACAUGGAAUGGACCCUCCUAGACCUUUAUUUCAGCAUUUUUACCAAGGGCAAAAGGAGCCCCCAGCAGCACCUUCUCCUCCACGUGCUGUGGCCUCUCUGUCAGUACGUGUGCUUGGGGAGCCUGGUUUCCAAGGAGUUCCUCCUGCUGUGCCCCAGAUACAAGAGAAAGCAAACACGGCACCGAGUGAAUCAACCCCCCCUGUACUGCGCCCAAGUCGCUCUAUAGAGAUGGCUCCAGCAGCUUGUGAAGACAGUGAGGAAGGAGAUGGAAGUGAUGAUAACAGUGAUGACGAUGACUGGGGUCCUGCUGCAUCUCGCAGAAGCAGCAGAGUGGAACCACAGCCACAGCCCCCAAGUGUUGCUGCAGCUUCUGUUAGAUCCAAACGAAAGCUUCAGCCUCCACAGUAUAUCCCUCCUCCUCAGAUUCAAAGCCCACUCCAGUUACGACAUCCCACCCCUCCUCCUUCCCCUCCUCCAAACUUGUUCCCACUCCCGGAUACUCCAAAGCAGAGUCCCCCAGAUGCAGAUCAGCUGCCAGGAGAACGACCCAAGGUGGGCGCUCCUCAUUCAGCCACCAUGCAAAGGCAGGACUCUGACACCAGCUCACGUUCCAGUAGCCCUGAGCCUCCUGCAAAGCGGCGGCCUGGCCCCCUCUCUCUUCUGGUCCACAAGAUGGAGUCAGAACAGGCACGGGAUGAGGCACAGUCCACCUCAACUGCCAACAUGUCAGAGUCCCAAACUCCAGCCAGAUCUGAUAGUGCUGAGGCACCAGACACCAGCUCUGCUAAAGUGAUUGCUGAAUCCCACGAUUCUGAUUCAUCAUCAGAAUCUGACUCGUCUUCACCUUCAUCAUCUGAAAAUAUGAACAAACCAAGGGACCUCAAGGAGGCACACCAACGGCAGAGGGAGUACGCGAUUGUAGGAGGACACCAUCAAAAGAGUGAAGUAUCAGAGCCGAGUGCAGCUGCCAUCACUGAAGAGGAGCCAGACUCUGAGAGCUCCAUGGCUUUGCCUGAAGCUUCCGGGGCAGAGCCAGAGAACAGUGAGGGUCAUGUGGAGGAGGGUGUUUGCUGCUCAGUGGCUGGAAAAUUAGCAGCAAUAACAUGCAAACACGGGAUAAUGGCUGAGGGGCCUGCAGGUAACGCAGGGAUCAAUACAGUCGACAAGUAG